UGCUGCUUUGUGUAUACUUAGUGUACACCCAAGUGGGUUCCCUAACACUCCUCGUUUAAGAAUCUUGGUUCAAGAAUGUGCUUGAUUACCAUAGUGAUACUUCAAACUCACAAACUCCUAUUGGGACAUUUAGAUUUACCAUAGCAUUUCACAGAUACAGGCAUCGACACCGAAAUUCGACCUAAUAAGAUCCGUAGACUAAAAUUUGCGAGAAUGAAGAGGAAUAUAUUCAGCUCAGGUUGGAAUUGAAGGUUUAAUUUGAAGAACAGAUUUAGGAGCAGAAGCGCACAAGAAGGGUUUGGUCAUGAUAAAUCAUUCCAAAAUGGCUAAAUUAACUGCUUUGGUCCCUCCAACAGAAAGCAAACGCCUCUUUUACCCACCAUCAUCAAGUAAUCUCUCCUCCGCCUUGCAACAGUACAUCAAUUCCGACCACCCAGCACAAGGCCAAACGCUCCAUUCCCACAUCCUGAAAACUGGGUUCAAACCCAAUAUUAAUGUCUCCAUCAAGCUCUUGAUACUUUAUAUCAAGUCUUCAUGCAUCACCUACGCACGCCAGGUGUUCGAUGAAUUGCCUCACCUAACACUCUCGGCUUAUAACUACAUGAUCUCGGGUUAUUUAAAGAGUGGGUUAGUCCAAGAAUCUUAUGAUUUAGUCAGGAAGCAGAGUUUUUCAGGUGUGAGAGCUGAUGGGUUUACAUUCUCGAUGAUCUUGAAAGGGUCUACUUCUUUGGAUUUAGUAGGAUUGCGAGGUGGCUUUAUUGCAACGCAGGUUCAUGCCCAGAUAAUAAGAUCAUGUGUUGAAGGUGAUGACGUGCUUUACACAGUUUUGGUUGACUCGUACGUUAAGAACGGGAAAGUACAUUAUGCUCGGAGAGUGUUUGAUCUGAUGUCGGUAAACAAUUUUGUUUGCUCAACCUCAAUGAUAACAGGCUACAUGAACGAAGGGAAUGUGGAUGAUGCAGAAGACGUGUUCAAGAAAACGCGCGUAAAAGACGAAGUUGUUUUCAAUGCAAUGAUAGAAGGUUACAGCAAAUCCAUCAAAACUGCUAAGAAAGCAAUUGAAUUUUACAUAAACAUGAAAAAAUUGGGAUUUAACUCCACAAUUUCCACGUUCGCAAGCUUGAUUGGUGCUUGCUCUGCUCUAGCGGCCUUUGAAGUUGGUCAGCAAGUCCUUGGGCAAGUAAUAAAGACUAGCUUUGUUCAACACAUAAAGAUCGGAAGUGCUUUGAUUGACAUGUUCUCAAAAUGCGGGCAGACAGAAGAAGCGAGAAGCAUUUUUGACCACAUGCCCGAAAGAAACGUAUUUUCUUGGACUUCAAUGAUUGAUGGGUAUGGUAAGAACGGAUACCCAAAUGAAGCUCUUGUUCUCUUCGAUGAAAUGCUCAUGAACCUUCAUGUUAAACCUAACUAUGUCACAUUCCUAAGCGCUCUUUCAGCAUGUGCACAUUCCGGACUAGUCUCUAAAGGAAAGCACAUCUUUGAAAGAAUGGAGAAGGACUAUUCAAUGAAGCCAAGAAUGGAGCAUUAUGCUUGCAUGAUUGAUUUGUUGGGCCGGGCGGGGCGUCUAAAUCAGGCUUUGGAGUUUGCGAUAAAUAUGCCCGAGAAGCCCAAUUCGGACGUGUGGGCUGCUUUGCUUAGUUCUGGUAGACUACAUGGAGAUGUUGAAAUUACAAAUUUAGCUGCUAAGGAACUCUUUAAUUUAAGUGGGAAUAGUCGGCCAGGGGCUUAUGUUGCGCUGUCGAACACAUUGGCAGAGGCGGGAAAAUGGGAUAGUGUGAGUGAACUUAGAGUGUUGAUGAAGUCGCGCGGGAUAUCAAAAGGCACUGGGUUCAGUUGGGUUGGGAGAGAUGGAUACCUUGAAGCUUUUCAUGCUGGUUAGAAGAUCCAGUUAAGUAUGUGUUUUUAUAAAAUUAAUCCAAGAAAGCUCAGUAACUUUG